UACUUCCAGAAUAGUUCACUUCAUGAAUGAAGAGUUAAUAUGCAUUAAGUGGUUUUGUAAUUUACCUUUUCGCUUGUAUAGAUUUCCAGCUGUAUUUGUUUUUAUAAUUUUUAUCAGUAGUUUUCGAAUCAAGACUAAAAUAUGAACAAAGCGGGUUGUAAUUGUUUUUUGGUCUUUUUUAUAGAUGUUACAGUUGCAUUUUUCUGUAAUUUACACUUGGACUGAAUGAAGUUGUAUCGGUUUGCAUAUAUUUACUGUUAGGUUGGUAUAGAUUUAUAGUUUUGUUUUCUAUCUAAUUUUGCAUGAGCUGUAUAGCUGAAGGAUACUAUUUUCCCUUUUCAUUUUAGCAUUUGUAUAUAUGAAUGAUUUCUAUAUAAUACUUAAGUGGUUUUCCAAAUUAUACAUUAUUUACAUUUAUAUAUUACUGAAGUGAGUUAUAGUUGCAUCAUUUUCCUUCAGUUCUAAUUUUUGUUUUUGAUUUCUGUAGAAACAAAAGAGGUCUAAUGAUUUUCCAGUGUCAUUAACCUUCACAAGAUAUUCUGGGAAGUUUUUUUGCUUCAGUUGAUUCUUUGAGACCUAGGCAGCUAGCAGUUACUGAGAGAUAUCUCAUCAUCAGCUACCUGCAAGGUCCCAAGUUGUAAGCAUGAUCCGGUGUAAGUGCUUCCGCUGGAUUUGUGUGUUUGUAUGAUUGGUAUUACCGAAUUUAAAGGCCGGUUCCUAGAUCUUUCUUUAUGAUGGAGCAGUUGUGUUGUUCUUGGGGGUAGAAGUGUUCCAGGUGUGAAGAGAAUAACAAGGGAUCGAUCAGAUGUGAAUGGGAUGAAGUGAUUCUGUGAGCAACUACCAGAUUUGCCCCAUGUUCAGGUGCAAAGGGGCCUCAGAUGCAACGGUCAGGUCGAUGAAGGCAGCAAGACAGCCGCCGGGACGUGGAGCGAUGGAGGUGGCAUCGAUUGGCUGCUCCUUCGCGAGGAGCACUGUAAUUACUACGCUGACACCGAGAAGGACCUGAACAGAUAGCACACUAUUCAUUGUCUAGAGAAGUAACAAGUAAGAACAUAUAGUAUGGCAAAAUUAAACAGUUUAUAACAGGUCAAGCAUGCACUUGACCAUUGAAGCUUCAGUGUGGCACAAUUAUUACAGCACUAAUAGGCAAGAAAGAAUGUGAACUAUAUAAACAUCUCUAUGCAGUGUGACUCUCAUUUUCAAUUUUUAUUUAUUUAUCAAAAGGAGGAUAGCUUAUCACUAAAAAACAAAUUUUCAAACUUGCAUAGACAUAGGUUGGAAGGCACCACAUCUAAGGUUCUUCGACCACCAACUACUAAGACACUUCUCGAAACAGUUUUUGCCUUGCACCACAUCUAAGGUAAUGUAUUGGACCUAGCCCGCAGCCAAAAAAAGUUGCAUGUACUCUAAUUCAUGGCUUUUCCAACAUCUAAGGUAAAUGGAAUUGUUCAACAUCUGAGGUCUGUGUACGCUCAUUCAUGCAAGUUAUGUAAGUUACGCUCAUUCAUCUGAGUAUGACAUUAUGAGGGCAAAAUAAAAGGAAAUUUGUUCAAGCAUCAUUUGAAAAAACAAAACAAAAAAUAUUUGUCACCAUUGCGGCCAAGAGCGCGCCCUUCACGUCGGCGCACGAGUCGCAGCAACCCGAGGUUCUCAGCCAGGGGAGCCACCUAUAUAUAAGGGACAUGCUCACAUCAUGCAUGUCCAUAAGUACAAACACUUAUGAAAGGAAAAUAGAAAUAGUAGGUGUGUACUCUUUUCAGUACCCGAAGGUGACAGACCAGGUAGCCGAUGACACUUCCAAGAGCCAUCCAUAGUGAAAAUAGAGCCCGACCGACGUUUGAGCUCCGGUUUGCUAAUGCUGCAACAAACACAUGAGAAUAUUACUAGGGAACGGGAAAUCAAACAAUUAGCUCUAAGGCUAGUCAUAGUGGGAGUAACUUACGUAAUAACAUAGCGCAUUUUAAGAAAAUUUUGUUUAUGAGGCAUGUAGUUAAUGAGGAGAGAGGUGUUUAGAGUAACAUAAUAUGUUACCGUAACAUAGCGCUUCCCGAGAAAGGAUGAGUCUACAAGCUAAUAAAUGAAAUCACCUAUGGCACUAGUACUAUGUUACUUUGCACUGUGGAGGUAGUAACUUAGACUAGGAUCAUAUAGAUGACACUAGUAUAAGUUACUCCCCACUAUCUCCCACAAAAAAAAAGUUACUCCCCACUAUGACCAGCCUAAGCCUAACACUACCCCACUAGAUCCCAUGCGUCCCUGUUGCGUGUGAUACGCCAACAGGAGCAAACGGUACUUCGGUCUUUUUCUGUAAUAAAGAAGGAAAGGUUUAAAAGACAAUCCCUACAUUUUCAUGAACCAUCGGGUGGUCUCCUUGGAGUAGGUGACUUUCUCAAGGGAGUGCACCAACUCCAGGGAGACCACCUGAUGGUUUAUGAAAAUAUAGGGAUUGUGAUUUUCUAAUAUUAUAAAAUCCUACAAAAAUCCGAAACAAUUUACAACCCAUAGAUCUUCAUAAACGCAUGUGAUUCCAUAUCCUGUACACCAAUCUCAUCAUCAAUCUUACGAUCUUAUACCCCAAUCACAAUACAUGUGAUUACUAGUGCUAAAGUCCCUCUAUAGUAGUAGCACUUCAGCCAUUACUAGUGCUAGCGGAGUGAUUACUAGUGCAACCGAACAACCGUCCACGAGUGGAGUAGCCGCUGUACAGAUUUGAUACUGAGUCACUGCUCACGUGCCUCACCGUCCCCUCCCCCUAUAUAUAGCGAGGUCUUCUGCAACACUCGUUCUUCGUCACUAGCCACUGCCACCCUCGUUCUUCCUCUCUAGCCCUUUCAGUUCCUCCUCAGUGAACCCUGGCCAUGGAGAUCGAAGGCCCCCGCGGGGAUACCGAGAAAGCUAGCAAGAGGGGCGACUGGAUCAAGCUCCUGAAGCUGUUCUUCACGUGCGCCGCGUCAUUCGGAGUGCAGUUCGUCUUGGCCAUCGAGACGUCCGUCUUGGCACCCUACUCUCAGAGUCUGGGGAUCCCGCACAAAUUUGAUUCAAUGAUCUGGAUGUUUGGCCCCGUAGUUGGUUUGUUGGUUCAGCUCGUGGUUGGCUACUACAGCGACCGCUGCACUGUCAAGCUCGGUCGCCGCAGGCCUUUCCUCAUAGGCGAAUGUUGUGUGAUCUGCCUCUCGCUUAUGUUGAUGGGCUAUGCCGCGGACCUUGGAAUCCACCUGGGCCACACGAAGCAGAAGUGCAGCACAUAUACCAGCACUCAAUGGGCAGCGGUUGCGGUUUUCGUCGUUGGCUUCCUCAUGCUGGAUUGUGUUGUGCACAUGGCGCAAGGCACCCUGCGGGCUAUGAUGAUAGAUCUAUCAUGUAAGCGCAUAUCCUACUCCUCCUAUCCUCUUCCCCUCCCCCAGUACCUAGCCGCCAUGCCGUGCCUGUAGAGGAAUAGGAUGCAACUCUCAAUGUAUUGAUGGGUGCAUAUGCACAAGUAUAUAUA